UCCGUCGGAGAGCAGAGGUGGUGCUAACGGUCCGAUGUUUCCACCAGCAUUACCAUGACAGUUUUUAAUCUGAACAGCAACUGACUUUGUACGACUGAAAACUACAUCUACUGGUCCUACGAUGGAUUAGAAAUGCAAACCUACCAUGGUACCCUACUGUAUAAAUGUGAAUGAUUGCCUUGGAGGACAUUGAUGUAAAGAACUCAGCUGGAUAUACCUUGCCCUUGUAAACAUCCAAAAUGUCAGGUGGGAACCUCUUCAGCAGGGUACGGUCCGCUUUCAGGAGGGAGAGAAGCGACUGGGACCUGAGCGACACAGCUCCCUUUGACUUCUCAGAUGAGCUGGUGGAGGAGGAGACGCCCAAAUUCAACAAGCUGAAGGUGGUGGUCUCUGGAGAGAUGUCGGACUACUCUUCUGGAGCUCCAUCCAAUGGAGUGGCGGUGAACACGCUGGUGGUGGCGGGUGAUGAUGACGACUCCCUGCUUGACUCCUCGUCCAGCCUGGGCAGCCCGGGGUUAAAUAUGGACCCUUGUGACAACUGCACCAAGAAGCGGGAGAAGAUCAAACACAAGAAAGUGAUGAGGAGGCUUGUCAUUGCAGCCUUGCUGUAUUUUCUUUUCAUGACAGGUGAAAUUAUAGGUGGGUAUGUGUCCAACAGCUUAGCAAUCAUGACUGAUGCUGUGCACAUGCUAACGGACGUGGUGGGGAUUUUGUUUUCUCUACUGGCUCUCUGGCUCUCCACCAAACCACCCACUAAGAGAUUCACCUUCGGGCUGCAUCGCCUCGAGGUGGUAUCAGCGGUCCUCAGUGUGAUGCUCAUCUACAUUCUGACGGCUGUGCUGCUCUAUGAGGCGGUUCAGAGGACAGUACACCAAGACUUCAGCAUAGAUGGAGAUGUCAUGCUUAUCACUGCAGCUGUGGGCGUGGCUGUUAACCUCAUAAUGGGUUUCUUGUUAAACCAAGGUGGUCACCUUCACUCGCACGGCCACGGCCACAGCCAUGGUCACAGCCAUGGUCACUCUCACGGCUCAGCUGCUUCACAGUCAGCUGGUUCAGGUCAGCAGAGGUCACAUGGCAGCCUCGCUGUAAGAGCCGCCUUCAUCCAUGCUUUGGGAGAUCUCCUCCAGAGUGUCGGGGUGCUCAUAGCAGCCUACAUUGUCCGAUUCAAGCCAGAGUUUAAGUUGGCAGACCCCAUCUGUACCUACAUCUUCUCCGUUCUGGUUCUCUUCACUACAUUCCGCAUCUUACGAGACACAUUAGUGAUUGUGCUGGAGGGUGUUCCCAGGCACCUGGACACUCAGCGAAUUAAAGAGGACCUCAUGAAGCUGGAGGAUGUCCAAUCAGUCGAUGAGCUGAACGUCUGGGCGCUGACAGCUGAUAAGAAUGCAGCGCUCGUGCAUCUCCAGCUCACGCCCUCUAGUGACAACAACUGGGAGGACGUGCAGGCGAAGGCCCGACACCUGCUGCUUCACACCUACGGUCUCACCAGGUGCACAGUGCAGGUCCAGACACACAGGCAGAGGGUGGUUCGCAGUUGUGCACAAUGUCAGCAGCCCAACGCCUAAAGAGACUUCCACGGUUCAUUUUAUGAAGCCAGACGGCAGAGAGUUCAAUAAGCAGAGGGGCCUGUAUGUUGCUCUGCUGAAUGCCACAGCCGGAGCCUCAUCACAUGGAUGAAUGAGGGGAAAGAGUGGCGCCGAAGGACAGUCCGUGGAAAACCAACAGAUGCACAUUUCUAAUUAAAGGAGCACUACAGCCUCCUGGGACCUUAUGCCCUCAUGCUUGCAAAGCUUUUGGAGUGGAAGUUGAAUGCUUGAGCUGAGCAGAAUGGAAAAAAAAAACUUGCCCUUAAUUCACCAUUAAAGCCUAUUCCGACAGGUAACUUUUGUUUUUUGUAUUUUACAUGUUGAUUUAUUGCGAAUGAUGUUUUUUCAUCAGAUGUAAAAUUAUAGUUUUUGUUACUAGGUUGAGCUGCAUACUAGGAUUUUAUUAUUUUACAAAGGAUGUCAGCAAAUGAAAAGGUACCUCAUGUCAUUUGGUAAAAGCUGUGGUCAUAGUGCAUAUAAGCUGUACUCCUCACCACUGGCGGAGGAAGUGAGGACAAAACCUUAAUCAGUGUAUCCCUUUAGUAGAAAUUACAUUUCAUCAAAUGCACUUAAUCGUUAAUAUUCCCCAGCCAAAGGUCUGUUAUAAAGCAGAUUUUUAUAAGAGAGAAAAAAACCUUAGAUAUUCUUUAAGACGUCUGUUGUGGCUGUACUGACCAACAUUUCCAAUAACUUGACAUUUCUGACACUGGUAUUUUAUUCUAGCAUGUCUCUGAAUUAAUGGUGGCAAACAGGCAACUGACAAUCAAAGUGUGUCUGACUUGGAGUAAGGAGUAAACACUACAGUGGAUGGACUGACUUCAUUCACUCUAUACUCAGCUUUUUUCUCCAUAUCAUAAAUUGACCGUGUAUUAAUGCACACAGCUCUGAGUCAUCUUCAGUAUUUUAAAGUUGCAGGGUUUUGUUCAAGGGUGAGAAAGUUGAAAUUUGCCAAUUACAGUGUUUAUAGUGUUUUUUUGGGCUUUUUUUUUUUCAAGUGUUAUGAGACUGUUGGGGAGGUUUUUGGGUAAACCUUUCCACGUCUCUGAUAUUAAUUGACACGGGAAAUCAGGAACUGGAUCACUUCUUGUUUGUAAUAAAGUGUUCAAACUA